GCCUUCCCUUCCAGCCUUGUCGUUUCACAAGUCUUUUAAAUUAUGUCCCCGCUUUUACUGCGGCGAAUUGUUUCCACUUAAUUUCACCCUUCCAAAUUUAUGGCCGAAUCCCCGCAUAUCUCUGCUGGAUAGCUUCAGCUAAUGUAGCCUUAGCCUCAAAGAUAUCCAUCUACUCUUUCUGGGAGAUUAACCCUGGAUGACUUGGAUGAGAGUUACUGAGGUGAACCUGAUCCCUGGAAGAGGUUAUCAGAUGGGAGUUGUGGCCCAUCUGCGCGGACCACCAUCGCAGGCCCGUCCAACCCGGAAACGGCGUCCGUGUCAGAGGGCAAACACCCUCAACCGUAGCCCCCCUGACCCGUGGGCGCACGUGUUCUGCCUCCGUGCCAAGCCCAAUGCUGUCUGUCUGUGGCAGGUCACGGGGUGAUGGAAGUGAGUGGGGUGAAAAGGCGGAAGCCUGAAGGUUUUUGCUGCUGCUCCUUGGAAUUGUUCCAAAUUCUCUUCACGUUAACAGAGGCCCGAGUUCCAGUUAACAGGGGAAAAAAAGCUUCAAAUCAUAAUGUCGCCACCACACCGUGCUUCCCUGUAAGUAUGGUGUUUUAAUUUGUGUUUCUGCCAAACGUACCUUGUGGAAUUAUGGCCGUGAUGUUUGAUCUUAGUUUCCUCCGACCCAACAUAAUUUUCCACGAACAUUUGGGAGAUUUGAAGUAUCCUAACUGUAGUUGGGCUUCAAUGUUUUUUCUUUGUAAGAUGAAGGUUGAGGCUUGUCACCCUUCCCCAUAUCGCAGUCAAUGAAGAAAAUAAUAGUUUGCUGUCAUGUCGAUGCACUAAGUAAUCAGUAAUCGCCAGAAAUUUCUGCAGCACCUUCAGCUUUGCUGUCGACCUCUUUAGCAGGACUUCCAAUUCUUGCUAAUGUCACGGUUGUGCCAUAUUUUCUCCACUUGAUGAUGACUGUGAUUCUUAAAUUCUCUCGACUGAGCAAUUUCAUAUUUUAGCUUUGGUUCAAUGAAAGUGAUUAUGUAUCCUGAAAAUUUAACCUGAAACUGUUCCUAUAAUCUAUGUUUGAAUGUUGGGAAGAACAAUAGGCAAAACCUCCGGUCUUCCUAGCUUGGUUUACUUUAGAAGCAUCACACCAAGUAUCAAUGAUCAUAUACAUUCACACACAUACAUAACCUGCAAACAAGGCACAGAAUUUCGCCAUCUGUAUUUAACAAUGUCUUAUACCAAAUUUGUGGUUUAUGUGGAACAAAUAUAUACGUUUUAACAGCAGCUGCUGCGAUCCCCAGUAGGCUACUGGACCAUAGUGUAUCAGAUUCAAGGACUGAAUAUUACGUUCAGUCAAGGACGAAUGUAUGUUUAAAACCACAAAUUUCUUUAAACUAACUGCAACGUUGCCAAGAAGAAAGUUUACCAAUGUCAGUCAGCGUUACUCUUUCCGUCCGAGUCUGCAAUGCAUGCGCAUGUCACAGUCGAUGAAAAAAAAAAAUAAUAAUAAUUUGCUCAAAAUGGAGUACACAUUCGUUUCAUGCUGUGCUCUAAAUUUGAAUGAUGGUAACGAAAAUUGAUUUCCUGUACAUCACUUGCAACAAGCAAACACAUUUUUCAAUCAUUUUUUUUUUCCAAGACAGCAUUGACACUUUUUCUGUGUUUAAGAUGUCUUCAAAAAAUAUCAGAAAACCCCACUAGAACAUCUGCACUUUAUUUGGUGUUUAGACAAUUUAAAUGUAAAGUUGUUAACAUCAGCUUUAAUGUUAUUUGUUAAUUCUGAAAACCGGUGACAUUCCCAGUUAUAAGAGGGUGCACAUACUUGCGCAACCACAUUAUCGGUUUCUUUUUACUUACCCUCUUUUUAUUCAAUUAAGUUGUACGGGCUAUAAAUCACGCUAAUUUAUUAUUGUGAUCGAAUCUGUAAUGGAAUAAGAAGGAAGUUGACAGUUAAAAAGUGGUGGAAGUUAUUAAGUGUACAGUUUCAUUCCCUCUGUUUUCAUAUAUGUAAAUUGUGUGGUUAUAUAUAAUUUCAAUUUUAAAAAGUGAUAUCUGUGUUGCAUUGCUGUUGAGCUGCAUGUUGAGUUAACUCAGCUUUAUUUAUAGAGCGGGUCAAAACAUUAUUAAUUAUCCUCGUGUGUAAGCAUUUUUGAUGGUGCUCCAGAGCAGUGCAGUUUGUAUGGGGGUUUUUUCCCCCCUUCACAUUUAUGGUUUGCAUUACUUCCAAAAGUCAGUUUUUUAAACCUUUUUUUCAUAUUUUCAGCUCCCGAAACAUUGUUCGGCUUACUGUUACUGACAUGCCUUGCAUCUUCUUACUUCAUCCUAUUAUGAAACUAUUAUGAAAGUAUGCUACGUUUCAGACUAAAGGGAUGAGUCAGCAGCUUCACAGGCUUUAGGUCAUGGUAUGUAAGAGUUUCGUAAUUACUUUAAAUAUUUUGGAUUGUUUGGAUUAUUCUUUGAACUGUAUUUUUGUUUGGAAAAUACUGAAAUGGUACCAUAAACAAGUUCCAGAAAAAGUAAUCAUGGAAACAAUAAUUUAUUUUGCUCAAGUUUUGGAAGGAUCGUUGAUUUUGUACUUAGCUGUUUAAAAUGUUUUGUUAUUAUUUUGGGAGAACCCGCUUAUGUUUAAUGAGCAAAAAUGCACAAAGUGAGCCGCACUUGAACUUGGCCAAACUGAAUACAAACGUAUGGUUAGUCAGAGCCUGCUGAGAAGUCAGCGCGGGUCAGGGCAAGGCUUUCGAGUCACCAAAAACUUUCCCGGCUCCGCCCCCUGGCCCGCGACUAUAGCCAGUAUUUGAGUCUUCAGGGGGCUAAAGACAAGCCAGACAUUGUCGAGGCGCAGGAACAAGACUGUGAGGCUGUGAUACCCUUGCAAACACUCCCACUUGAACUGCACAUACGGUGGGAGGCAGACACACCUUCAUUUUGGCCAUCAUCACAUUCUUGAUAUGUUUCCUGACUUCGGGGUCAAAUGAUGGCUCGGUAGUUUGUGAGCUGUGACGUCUGUUUCGUUUGACUUUGUCAUCUUCUUCACUGGAAUUCCAUCCUUAUUUUUUUGGACAUCUCAACUCUCACAACACCGCAAUGCUGACCGAAGCGUGCGGCGCCAUGUCGAUGGGCUCGGACGUCCGAGACCUGACUCUCCUGUCUCCAGGCCCCCAGGUGGCCCCUCUAGGUGGGGCAGGAGGCGGCUGCGGGCAGUGGACGCAACUGUUGGACCUCCAUCCCGGCUCUCCCUACAACCCCCUGCCCUCGCACCCCUCCCUCAUCAAGCAGGAGCCAAGCUGGGGGACCGCUGACCCUAUUGAGGAUCCCCAUUGUGGACUCGGGGCCUUCACUUUGCAUUUCUCGGGCCAGUUUACAGGCUCGGGCCCGUGUCGGGUGGGGGCCUUUGGAGAUCCAGCAGCGGGCCAACCCAGGGUUUUUCCCAGUGGAACCUACCUCCCCGGGUGUGUGGACAGUCCUCCUGCAUCCAGGAACCAAGGUUACGGUGCAAUGGGCAUAGACGGGAAUCCCAGUUACGCUCACACGGCGUCCCACCACACCCCUCAACUCUCCAGCCUGUCCUUCAAGCACGAGGACACACUUUCGCCGCCCAACAACAUCGUAGAGCAGCAAUACCAUCCUCCUCCUCCUCAUCAUGCUCCUGCCCCCCCUGUGUUUGGGUGCCACAACCCUGCAGAAUCCUGCCCAAGCAACCAGGCACUACUUUUGAGAAACUACAACAGUGAUAACCUUUACCAAAUGGCGUCUCAGCUGGAAUGCGUCACGUGGAACCAGAUGAACACGCUGGCAUCUUCCAUGAAGAGCAGCCACACGACCAGCUACGACAGUGAUCCCGUAGCACCGCCCCCGCCCAUGCUGGUGAGCGCCCAGUACCACAUCCACACACACGGUGUCUUUAGGGGGCUUCAGGAUGUAAGACGAGUUCCUAGUCUUGGUCCUCCAGUGAUGAAGUCGUCUGAGCCCGGUGAGAAGCGUCCAUUUGUGUGCUCCCACCCUGGCUGCAGCAAGAGGUACUUCAAACUUUCGCACCUGCAGACGCAUGGACGGAAGCACACAGGGGAGAAGCCAUACCAGUGUGAUUUCACAGACUGCGGCCGUGGGUUCUCGCGCUCAGACCAGCUGAAGAGACACCAGCGCAGACACACAGGAGUGAAGCCCUUUGAGUGCGAGACGUGUCAGCGAAAGUUUUCACGGUCAGACCACCUUAAGACUCACACUCGGACUCAUACAGGUAAAACAAGCGAGAAGCCGUUCGCGUGCCGUUGGUCCAACUGUCAGAAGAAGUUUGCCCGCUCCGACGAGCUGGUCCGCCACCACAGCAUGCACCAGAGGAACCUGACCAAGCUGCAGCCUGCCAUCUGAGCCAGGAGGGUGGCGAUGCAGCGCGCCAGCCAAUAGAGCGAGAGAGCCAGGUCAGAGGUCGCGGCGCCGUGCCAAAUGUGCAUAAGUGGAGGUCACAGCUGAUGCCAGGCCACCUUGACCGCGUGGCAUCCGCAAAGUCCGCAAGGUGCACCUCAGCCAGCAUUCUUAUUGGGUCAAUACCACUGAGAGGUUAUUACCACCUUAUUACUGAGCCCAAAAUUGAAAGGGGGGGAAAAAGGACCACACAAGAAAACAGUUGAUGCUUUAUUUUAUUUUUUGACAUAAUAGCACACUUGCACUGUCGUUUGGUUUUCUUGUACAAAAUAUGCCGGAUGGUGUAAACUGGAUUUAGGAAACGGAUAAAGGUGAUUUGUUGCUAUGGAGAAUGUAAAUACACACAAUGCACACCGAAUAACUUUGUACAUAUGUGAUGUAUGUGCUUACUUUUACAGACAUUCCUUUUGUCUUAUGUAUGUUUUGUACGUCUAUAAAUGCCGACCUACA